AUGGCAAGAACUGCAGUCAAGAGAAAGUCUAAGGGUGAGUCCCAGAGUACCUCCAAAAAGCCAAAGGUUUCCACUACCAACAAUUCAGCAGAGGAUUCAGAUACUGAUAAAGUUGUUGAAAAGAUUGAUCAGGAGUAUUCUGAUGUGGAAAAACUUCUAGAGAAAGAGAAUAAUAUAAAAGCAAGCAAAGAUACCAAAGAUAGUAAGGUUGGCAAUGCUGCUGCAGAGGUUAAAAAUGAAUCUAGUGUCACAAAGCCAGAAAAGCAUGAUAACGAUGCUGUCACAACUGAGAAAUUUUCAGAUCUAAAGAUGUCAGAGCCAACACUGCAAGGUAUCAAGGAUAUGGGUUUUACCACAAUGACAGAGGUUCAGUCUAAGACUAUUCCGGUGUUACUUACAGGUAAAGAUGUUUUAGGUGCCGCCAAGACUGGAUCUGGAAAAACUUUGGCCUUCCUAAUACCUGCUAUUGAAUUGUUGUAUUCCUUGAAGUUUAAGCCAAGAAAUGGAACAGGAGCUAUUGUUAUUACUCCAACAAGGGAGUUGGCUCUUCAAAUAUUUGGUGUCGCUCGUGAAUUAAUGGCACAUCAUUCGCAGACAUUGGGAAUUGUCAUAGGUGGUGCCAACAGAAGACAGGAGGCUGAAAAAUUAGCAAAGGGUGUCAACCUUUUGAUUGCAACCCCUGGUAGAUUGUUGGAUCAUUUGCAAAAUACUAGAGGUUUCGUGUUCAAGAAUUUGAGAACUCUUAUUUUUGACGAGGCCGAUCGUAUCUUGGAAAUUGGUUUCGAGGAUGAAAUCCGACAAAUUGUCAAGAUUCUCCCAAACGAAGAUCGUCAGACUAUGCUUUUCUCUGCAACACAGACGACUAAAGUUGAGGACUUGGCUCGUGCUGCUUUGAAAAAAGCUCCUGUGUACAUUAAUGUGAGUGAAAGAAAAGAAGCCGCUACUGUUUCUGGUCUUGAGCAAGGUUAUGUUGUUUGUGAGUCUGACCAGCGUUUUCUGUUAUUGUUCUCGUUCCUCAAAAGAAAUAUGCGCAAAAAGAAGAUUAUAGUCUUUUUUUCGUCAUGUAACUGUGUGAAAUACUUUGCAGAGCUUUUGAAUUAUAUUGAUAUUCCCGCUUUAUCGUUGCAUGGCAAGCAAAAGCAGCAAAAGCGUACAAACACAUUCUUUGAGUUUUGCAAUGCAAAGCGUGGCAUUUUGCUUUCAACAGAUGUGGCUGCAAGAGGUUUAGAUAUUCCAGACGUUGAUUGGAUUAUUCAGUAUGAUCCUCCAGAUGAUCCAAGAGACUAUAUUCAUAGAGUUGGUAGGACUGCUAGAGGUACAAAGGGUAAAGGUAAAUCUUUAAUGUUUCUUAUACCUCAAGAGUUAGGUUUCCUUCGAUAUUUGAAAGCCGCAAAAGUUCCAUUGAAUGAAUAUGAGUUUCCACCAAGUAAGAUAGCCAAUAUACAGUCACAGUUAGAGAAGCUUAUCAAGAAUAAUUAUUGGCUUCAUCAAGCUGCUAAGGACGGUUAUAGAGCAUAUUUACAAGCAUAUGCAUCUCAUCAUUUGAAAACUGUGUACAAGGUCGAUAAAUUGGAUCUUGUGAAAGUGGGACGCUCGUUUGGAUUUUCUGUGCCACCUAAAGUUAACAUCACAAUUGGGUCAAGCACAUCAAAGCCAAAGUCACACAAGAGAAAGAGAUACAAUUAA